AUGGGUAGGGAUGCACCGGAUUCAGUCAAUAGACGCUUAAAUCCGGCCACCAAAUCCGGCCGGGGCCGGAUUCGACCGGAUUUGAAAAAAAAACUGGAUUUUGGCCGGGGCCGAACUUCGAAAAUGCAGAUCGUUAGGCCUAAAAUGACAAAAUCGACAUAUGAAGCCCUAAAAAAAUAUAUAUUAAAAGAUAGGGAAAAGAAGAAGCAAGAACAAGAGCAGGAUAAGGAGCAAGAGAGAUUGAAGAAGGAGAGGGAGAUGAAAAAGAAGAAAGAGGAGGAAGAUAAUCUCACCCUCGAACAGACAAAAGAACAAAUCUUACAGUUGGAAGCCAAGCUGGCCAGUUUGAAGCAGGAGAAGCACGAGUUGUUCUCGCAGCUGAAGAAGGUCUUACACCAGGAGAAUGAUCUGAGGCAGAGGAACCAACUGAAGGAGCAACAAAACGAGCAGGCAAACUUGCAGCAGCAAAUGUUGACAGGUCUGGGUGUGAACGCUCAGUUCUUCAUGCAGCAGCAGCAGCAACAGCAGAGGCAGAAGUACCUCAGCAUAUCAUCUCAACAUGCUCCUCCUACGCAGACAUCAUUGAAGAGACCUCGUUCCCCCUCACCUUCCACCACGCCUUCCCACUACCCUCAUUUUGCAGGAAGUGGAUCAUCUUACCCCAAUUCCGGAAGCGGAGGCGGUUCGGUUGGGGUUAUUGGUCUCGGCCAGGGUUACACUGGCAAGGGGGAUGGUCCAGCGAUAAAACAGGGCAGUUCCUACACCACGGUCCUCCUGCCCCAGAACCACCAACCCCCACCACCGAAUCUCAUCAGCCAGUCGCCAUCCCAGCAGCAACAUAGUUACAUACAGCAGCAGCAGCAACAAAUUCAGCAACAGCAACGUCAGCAGGCACCUUCUCCAUACCAAAUACCUUCCAACCAAAAAUACCACCAGUCUUCAUCGUCAUCCUCUCCAGCCUCUGGAUAUUUCCCAUCCUCCAACCACUUUUCACGCCAGUCCAACAGCAAGCCUCUCUCCCAGGAACCCGCCAGUCAGUACCCACAGAAUGCUUAUCAGAGGCAAGGAGGAAGUGGUGGUAGUAGUGGUGGUAGUAGUGGUGGUGGUAGCGGCGGUGGCGAUUCGCAGCAGAGGAGGCAGCACCAACAGCCAUCUAGUUCAAUUGCAACAGACACCCCCCACCAGUUGCUGCCUCAGAUGGAGAAGUCUUCAUCCUCAUCUUCGUUAGCUUCUGCAGGCAAGUCAGGCACGUACAACGUUGACAGCAAGUCCAUCAAGUUACCUCAGGGGGCCACAGGAUCGUCUGGACCUCCACUCGUUCAAAUUUCCUCGUCGAGGAAUCCAAUGAACACUGGUUACCUCAUGACCGCUCAACAACAGCAGCAGCUUCAGCAGCAGCAACAACAACUACAACUUCAACAUCUUCAGCAACUGCAACAGCAGCAACAAUCGAAUUCUUCUUACAGUAAUCAAUCAAUGACCACUCAGCAGCGGAAUGGCAGCCACACAAUCAACCAGCAGCAGCAGUCGAGACUUCAGAACUGAUUAUCAACAUUCUGUAUAUUGCGUUUAUUAUUCCUACUGACGCUGUUAUUAUUAUUAUUAUUAUUAUUAUUGACUCAAUUAUUAUUAUUUUUUUUAUUGUUAUAUGGUUUAUUUUUAUUUUUGUAUACUCCUGAUGUUUGGAUUACUGUGUAUGAGGCUUUUGCUUUUGUUCAAUUUCUUAGUGCUAUUUAUGUGCGCGCACACACACAUAUAUAAAUAUAUAUUAUGUAUAUAUAUAUAUUAUAUAUAUAUAUAUAUAUAUAUAUAUAUAUAUAUAUAUAUAUAUAUAAUGACAGUUUCAUUUUAAUUUUGCAAGAAAACAGUUAUGUUGUUGCUUGUUAAUGUAUUUUUUUAUAAUUUUAUUUUUUCUAUAUAUAGUUUGUUUGAUAAUGGAUUAUUGAUUGAUUAG